CGUGUGAAUCGGUAUUUUCGGAGAGAUGGACAUGCAUGGCGGAGGAAAAAGGAUGGAAGAACUGUUGGGGAGGCUCAUGAACGAUUGAAGGACAAGGCAGGUGGCCAAUCAUGUGAGGAGGACCGAAGGUGGAGGGGGAGGUACAUCGGAUGCAUUGGCAACUGGAAGGAGAGGAUGGCAGUAGCAUAUAAAUGGGAGCAGGGAAGAGCUUGGGAGAAAAGGGAGUGCUUGUGCAACAGUGGGGUGGUGGGAUCUUAGAAUGGACCUUCAGUACCGCAAACUGAAAUAUCAUAAGUAGUAAAGAUUGCAAAAUCCAUUCAUUUGAAAUUAUGUCCUAGAUAGCUUGCUCUAUUAACAGUCAUAUCUAUAUUAAUAAUAAAAGGCAUCACUUUAAAGUUGAGCCAUUAACUAUAUCAAUGAUGCAAAGCAUCAUGGAUAUUCGUUGUGCUAAGAAGCAAAGCUGGAUCCUUGCCCUACAAUCAGCCCAGCCCAGUUAAGAUGCAAUUUCACUUUGUUAGGACUUUGUGCUAAUGGCAUGUAACAAUGUUUUACCCUUCAGUAUCAUUUCUUAUCACUUUUAUGAAGAACAAGGUGAAUUGUGGAGCUCAUGAUAUUUCUUUGCCCACUGUGACCUGUAUCAGUAGCUAAAGUGUUCGGUUACAACAUUGUUAUUAAGAUGUGACACAUUUACUUGUACUUCCAAGUACCAACAAUUUCAUGACACUUCCCUUUCUUUUUCUAUGUUUUUCUCUUCUGUUUUUUUUUUUUUGGAGGGGUGACAUCUCCCUCUCUUACUUUAGAAGUGCAGGCAACUUAAAGUCCCAAAAGUUAUAAAUGUAUUUAACAAAUAAAUCAUAUAGUUCCUGCAUAUAGCUUAUUUCUAGUAUAAUAUACAUGUUGCUUGGGAAAAAAAUGUGUGUUAAAUGUACCCAUUGACUAGUCUAGCCAAAGAACUUUGGCUAUUGGAUGCACACCCUUUUUUCAUCUGAACUUCAGAAUUGAAUUGUUAACCAGCGUCUUUGAGCACUUCAUUUUAUACAAGUAUAUGACAUAUUCUUACGUUCACAGGUUGGAAAUGUUGAUGCUCUGAGUUGUUAUUAUGCCCACGGAGAGCAAAAUCCAUGUUUUCAGAGGCGAUGUUUCUGGAUGCUGGAACCUGCAUAUGAACACAUUGUGCUGGUACAAUAUAGAGAAGUAGGAGCAGCUGAGGGUAGAUAUAAUUCAGCAUCGUUAUUGAAUGGGCCAGCAGAAUCUCUUUCAGUCUUGAGUCAUCCAAAUGCUGCAUAUGGAAACCAAUAUCUUGGUUCCACUUCUGGUGUUAGUGAUGGUAGUGAAUCCCGUCAGAGUUAUUCUAAUUUGAGCUCUGUAACAGAGGUAAGUUCCUAUUCUGCGAACAAUGAGUACAACAAUGACACUGGUAUUCUGCAAAGCAUUCCGGAGCUUGGCCAGUCAAUUGCAGUGGGUGGACCGGCAUGUGGCCAGAGUAGCCUGGAGCAAAAUAUUGAAGUUUGCCGGGUAGAUAAUGGUAAUCCAACCAAUAAAUCUGGGCUCAACCGAGCUUUGAAGCAGAUUGUUGAGCAAUUAAGCUUGGGUGAUGAUGAAGAUGAUGACUACAUUUACGUAAACCAAAUACAGCCUUUUGACUUUAUUACAAAUAUUGAAGCUCCAGAUAGGCAGCGUGGUCAUGCAAGCACAAAUGUUUCAGGUGACGACCAAGCAAAACAAAUUCGAGCAGAGGAAAUGCAAAAUGGUUUAGGUAGGGGAAUAUCAUCAUCAUGGGAAGAUGUGUUGCAAUCCAGUUCAGGUUUUCCAGCUCCGUCUAUAUACCAGUCAGGUGCCCACUAUCCACAAAAUUCAGAAUAUCAGCCACUAGGAAGUCUGUACAAUAGUGAUAUGCAGCAAAUUUCGGCUGCUAAAAGAUUUCUUUUAGGACCAGAAGAUAUUGAUUCACCAUCUUAUAACUAUGUGACUAGAGAAGAAGUAAACAAUGGCGAUUAUACCCUUUCAGCUCAUGAAAAUAGUCUUCAGAGCAGUCUGAACCCAGAUUGGAAAAGGACAGCGCCUCUAACACUUCAAAGCACUUCGCAUGGCUCUGAAAUAUCUGGGUUAUUAUUUGACCAUCAUCAGUUUGAAUCAUUGUCCUCUGGUGAAAAUACAAGACUGACCUUGGGUCAAAAGCAGCGGUUUAGCAUCCGUGAGGUGUCUCCGGACUGGGCGUAUUGCUAUGAGAUCACCAAGGUCAUCAUUACUGGAGAUUUCUUGUUUGAUCCAUCAAGCUCCUGUUGGGCAGUAAUGUUUGGUGAUAGUGAGGUUCCUGUUGAAAUUGUUCAGCCAGGUGUUCUACGCUGCCACACACCAUUACAUAGUAGCGGGAAACUAACAAUCUGUGUUACCUCUGGAAAUAGAGAAAUUUGCAGUGAAGUCAAAGACUUUGAGUUCCGCACAAAGUCAACAUCUUCUAGUUCCCUAGACAUUCCACCAUCAUCUAGAUCUCUGAAGUCUAUCGAAGAGUUGUUACUUCUUGCAAAAUUUGUAAGAAUGCUAUUGUGUGAGAAUGGAAGUCAUGUCAAUUCAAAUAGUGAUCCUCAGUCUGGACAGUGUCCAAAACUUAAGAUGAAUGAUGAGCACUGGCAGCGGUUGAUAGAUGAACUCAAAGGAGGAUGUGAGAAUCCAUUAAAUGUAACUGAUUGGAUUAUGGAGCAACUUCUUAAAAGUAAAUUGCAGCAGUGGUUAUCAGUUAGGCUACAAGGAUAUGAUGGCACAGCCUGUUCCCUGUCCAAGCAUGAGCAGGGUAUUAUACACUUGAUCUCUGCACUAGGCUAUGAGUGGGCACUCUCUUCAGUUCUCAGUGCUGGUGUUGGUGUAAAUUUUCGUGAUACAAAUGGAUGGACAGCACUUCAUUGGGCUGCUUGUUUUGGAAGGGAAAAGAUGGUUGCUGCACUUCUUGCUGCUGGUGGAUCCGCUCCAGCAGUCACAGAUCCCACUGCACAAGAUCCAGUGGGAAAAACAGCAGCAUUCCUGGCUUCUGAACGAGGACACAUGGGCCUUGCAGCCUAUCUUUCAGAAGUGUCACUAACUACCUAUCUUGCAUCACUCACUAUAGAAGAGACUGACACUUCAAAAGGAUCAGCUGUGGUUGAAGCGGAGAGAGCAGUAGAGAGCAUAUCUCAGAGGAAUCCCCAGCUGCAUGGUGGUACAGAAGAUGAGCUCUCGUUAAAGGACUCUUUGGCAGCCGUGAGAAAUGCGGCUCAAGCAGCUGCUCGCAUUCAAAAUGCUUUCCGUGCAUUCUCUUUCAGGAAGAGACAACAAAAGACAGCCCGACUUAAGGAUGAAUAUGGGAUGACCCAAGAAGAAAUCGAUGAACUUGCAGCUGCAUCAAGGUCGUAUUACCAAUCUCUUGCUCCAAAUGGUCAGUUUUAUGACAAAGCAGCCGUAUCAAUUCAGAAGAAAUACAAAGGUUGGAAGGGACGCAGACAUUUUCUCAACAUGCGCAGAAAUGCAGUUAAAAUACAGGCUCAUGUUAGAGGCCAUCAAGUGAGAAAGAAAUACAAGACUUUUGUUAGCACGGUAAGUGUGCUAGAGAAAGUGAUACUGAGGUGGCGUCGGAAAGGACAUGGUCUACGUGGCUUCCGAGCUGAGCAAACAGCAAUGACUGAAGCAGGAGAGGAAGAUGGGGAUGAUGAUGAUGACGACUUCAAUGAUGAUGAGGCGGUCAAGAUGUUUCGUCGGCAGAAGGUUGAUGAAUCAGUCAAGGAGGCUAUGUCAAGAGUGUUGUCCAUGGUAGACUCUCCUGAAGCAAGGAUGCAAUACCGUCGAAUGCUUGAGGAAUUUCGACAAGCCACUGCUGAAUAGGGUGCAUCAGAUGAGGUGACAUGAACACUGGACAAUGGUAAUUUAUUGACAGGAAUCGACAACUUCAUGCACUCAAAGAAUUAAUCAGACAAGGAGCGAUCAUGGAGCUGUUGCAAUGAAUUAGGAAAUAGGUAGUCUGCAGCCACCAACACUCGACAGUGAUUUACUAACAGGAAUCGACAGCCUCAUGCACUGAAAGAGUAGCCUGAUAGUGUUCAGUUUGUACAGUCUUUGCCUGAUGGAUCUAUCUAAUGUUCUGAGUAAAUUAUUGUCAUUUAGGAGCAUUAUAUACAGCCUGUAAUUCGAGGGGGGAAUCGAAAAAGAUCAGGCCUGUGUAGUAGGAUUUGGUUACUGCAUAUUGUACUUGACUAGCAGUAUGGAAUAUUGGAAUGUAAACUUGUGUA